UCCGAGGAUGGCCGCUGCUGUCGGUGUAAAUAAACAGGCGUCGAUGGAUCCGUGUGUGAGACACGGCCGAGGAACUGCCGCUAAUGCGGUGAAGGUAUUGGAGUGUGGUGUGUGUGAGGAUGUCUUUUCACUACAAGGCGAUAAGGUACCACGGCUGCUGUUGUGCGGACACACAGUUUGUCACGACUGCUUGACCCGUCUACCUCUUCACGGCAGGGCAGUUCGCUGCCCAUUCGACAGACAGGUCACUGAGCUGGGAGACUCUGGUGUUUGGGGCCUGAAGAAGAAUUUUGCCUUGUUAGAACUUCUUGAACGGCUACAGAAUGGGGCCACUAAUCAGUCAGGCAUGUCAGAGGAUGCACUUCGUGAGAUGGGAGAGUGCAUAAUCCGCUGUGACGAGGAUGAGACUCACACUGCCUCCAUGUACUGCACUGUUUGUGCCACGCAUCUGUGUGCCGAGUGCUCCCAGCUCACCCACUCCACUCGAACACUGGCAAAGCACCGGCGUGUGCCGCUGGCAGACAAACCCCAUGAGAAGAUGCUUUGCCCGCAGCACCAGGUGCAUGCCAUAGAGUUUGUCUGCCUGGAGGACGGCUGCCAGCCUGGACCGCUCAUGUGCUGCGUCUGCAAGGAGUAUGGGAAGCAUCAAGGGCAUAAGCAGCAUGCUGUACUAGAGGCUGAAGCCAACCAGAUUCGAGCAUCUAUCCUGGAUAUGGCGCACUGCAUUCGCACGUUCACAGAGGAAGUAUCGGAGUACUCCAGGAAACUAGUGGGCAUCGUGCAGCAGAUUGAAGGAGGAGAGCAGAUUGUGGAGGACAGCAUGGGCAUGGCUCACACUGAACAUGUUCCAGGAACUGCAGAAAGCGCCCGGUCUUGCGUGCGUGCCUACUUUGCAGAUCUGCACGAGACACUGUGUCGCCAAGAGGAGAUGGCUCUGAGCGUGGUGGAUGCACACGUCCGAGAAAGGCUGAUCUGGCUUCGCCAGCAGCAAGAGGAUAUGACCAUACUGCUGUCUCAGGUGUCCACAGCCUGCCUGCACUGCGAGAAAACACUGCAGCAGGAUGAUUGCAGAGUGGUUUUGGCGAAACAGGAGAUCAACCGGCUGCUGGAGACGCUGCAGAAACAGCAGCAGCAGUUUACGGAGCUGGCCGAUCACAUUCAGCUGGAUGCAGGCAUCCCUGUUACUUUCACUAAGGACAACCGUGUGCACAUUGGCCCAAAGAUGGAGAUUCGAGUUGUGACUUUGGGUUUAGACGGAGCUGGCAAAACUACUAUUCUCUUCAAACUGAAGCAGGAUGAGUUUAUGCAGCCCAUACCAACCAUAGGUUUUAAUGUAGAAACCGUUGAGUACAAAAACCUGAAAUUCACUAUCUGGGACGUGGGUGGAAAGCAUAAACUGCGCCCACUGUGGAAACACUACUAUCUGAACACACAAGCGGUGGUGUUUGUUAUUGACAGCUGUCACCGAGACCGGCUGAUGGAGUCUCACAGUGAGCUGGCCAAACUGCUGACGGAGAAAGAGCUCAGAGAUGCCCUGCUGCUCAUUUUCGCCAACAAACAGGACGUCCCCGGUGCAGUGUCUGUGGAGGAGAUGACGGAGCUCUUGAGCUUACACAAACUGUGCUGCGGGCGCAGUUGGCACAUCCAGGGCUGUGACGCCCGCAGCGGGAUGGGGCUCCAUGAGGGCCUGGACUGGCUCUCUCGCCAGCUCGUGGCCGCUGGGGUUCUGGAUGUGGCCUGAGGGACUCUUUCACUCAAUAGACUUAAACCUGAAGCCUGUCCAUGUCAUUUGCACAGUCACUCUGCUCAUGUUUACCCACAAUACCAUGCCAUAAUCCAUUAGUAGAUUUGCUACUGUGCUCAUGGCUUAAUGGUGUACAUAAAUAAGAGUGCUUUAAGGGGUUUGCUCACUCCAAAAUGACAAUUGUAGUUUCAGAAACAUUUUAUGAAGAUGGUUUUAAUUGAAUUUGAGAUUUCUGUCUCUCUUGAGUUUUGGGUGAAUAAAAUUUCAACGAAGAGACAGAAAUGGCUUAAAUUUGAUUAAAUAUAUUCGCUUGUGUUCUGAUGGUGAAUGAAAUUCUUACCAGUUUCAAACAAUAUGAUGGUGAAUAAAUAUAACAGCAGAAUUUUCAUUUUGGAGUGAACAAGGCAACAUGCUGCUGGUUGUUAAAUAGGAUAUUUUGACUCUCCACUUUGUGAAAAUGUUUGUUUUUACUAAAGAGAGUCAAAAACCCUAUUUGCAGAUGCUGUCCUUAAAGUUUAAGCUGCAUGAUACAUUUAAAAACAAGUUAACUAAUCAAACUUACUGUCAAUAUCUGGUUAAAGGGAUAGUUUACCCAAAUAUGAACAUUUACUCAUCACUUACCAUUCUUUUUUUCCUGUUAAACACAAAAAAAUUAGUUUGAAGUUGCCAUUGACAUCCAUAGUAAGAAAAACAAGUACUGUGGAAGGCAAUAGCUGUUUUCUAACUUCCUUCAGUCUAUCAUCUUUUGUGUUUAACAGAACUCAAACAGGUUUGGAAGAAGUGGAAUAUGAGGAAAUGACCAUUUUAAUUUUUGGGUAAACUAUUCCUUUAGUGAUGCUCUUCUUUUUGUAGUCAGUUCACUCAUUCUGGUCAUUUAAUAGUUACUAACAAGAUAUUUUAAGCAUAUAUAGUAGAUGUGCAAAUAUUGGUCAUUUUUGUACAGACGCCCUCAUGAAAUCCCUACAGUAUUGCGUGCAAAUGGCACAAGGUCUGAGUAGAUCUAUCAAAUGUUUUAAUCGUAGGCAAAUCCCCUUAGGUACAGAUGAAACUAGGCAUCAGCCUCCAGAUACAUGGUUUCAGCAAUGUGAAGUGCCUGUUGAUGUGUCUGAUUAGCUACUCAAAAACUAGGAAAGGUCAUGUGAUCAAAUCCAUUGCCAUUGUUCAAAGGUUACAUGGGGUGACUUCUCAUAAAACAUGUGUAGGUCCUUUUGGAAGCGUUAAUAAUUUUUUCAUUGUAAACAUUAUUAUAAAGCACAGUUUACUCUCAUAUUUUAUAUUUCCUAAGAAUUAGCUCACCCAAAAAAGAAAUGUUAUUAAAUACUCAAUGUUGUUUUAAUCGCAAGACCUUUGAUAAUGUUCAGAACACAAAUUAAGAUAUUUUAGAUAAAAUCCAGGAGCUCUCUCAUCCGCCAAAAGCAGCAGCAAUCCUGAUAUGCUUAAAGUCCAAAAAAGGGGCCAUAAUUAUUGUCAAAACAUUGCAUGUGACUUCAGUGGUUCAACUAUAUUCAUACAAAGCUCCAAAAACAUUAUUAUACACCCCAAAAAAAUAAAAUAAAUCAGUGAUGUAGGUAACUUGCACCAUGACCUGAGGCAGGGCAAGAGAAGAUAUUAGCAAGUUUAUUAACAAGUCUUUUGCCAAACAAAAUUGUUCUUGGAGCUUCGUAUGUUUACAGUUGACCAUCUGAUGUCAUGUGGAAUGUUUUUGGUUCCUUUUCUGGACUAUUGCUGUCUAUGGAAGAUGAGAGAGCUCCUGGAUUUCAUCUAAAAUAUCUUAACUUUGUUUACGAAGAUGAACGGUCUCACAAUUAGAAAGAUGUGUGUGUGAGCAAUUAAUGAAAUUCAUUUUUUGAGUGAACUAACCCUUUAAUCUAAAAAUCUUAUUAUUAAUGUGGAAUGUAAAAUGUUUAGGCAUUUUAUUAAAACAGUGGAGUGGAGUAAUGAAAAUGGUCACUAAUAAUUCUAUACAUAAUGCUUAUAAAAAUGUAAGUGACAAAAAACAAGCUUCAUUUCAUUUCCAUUAUGCAAAAUAACAUGAUUCAUGUUAUCAUAACAAAUCAUAACAUUGAUUUCAGGGACCUACACAUUUCUUUUGUGAGAUUCACCCAUUAUUUUCGAUGUCCUCAGCUGUUUUUUUUUAUAGCUUUUGUGAAUUUCUUGAGGCUUUAAAUGAGCCUGUAAAUAUUUAUUUGUGGUCUUAAGACUGGUGCAUGGGUGUAGGUGUUUUUUCACUAUGUGUGGAAAGACGGAUGUGUUUGUGGCAAGAAAUGUUACUGAUUAUUUAUAUUUCAAAAGGAGGAUUGUAGUCCUCAUGUAAAAACAGAUGUAGUUUCAUUUCAUCAGCUUAAUAUCUUCAUUUGUUGGAACAAGCCUUUCUCAUCUUAAUAUAAAAAAAAAAAAAUCAGCAGAUGUUGUUACAUUGUAUUAACUCGUUUAUCAAUAUAACGCAAAUGUGGCCGUAUGUAAAUGACAGAUUAGUUUUAGGAACCAUCCUUUGGUUUGAAACGUUGCUCCUCAUUGCUAUGUAAUGUUAACUUACUGCAUUUAGGUGAAAAGCAUGUGUGAAGAUUUCCCCCAUCCCCUGCUGCAGGACCCUCUGAAGUCGUGAAAGAUGUUGUUGUAAAUGUGAGAUCUAGAAGCCUCUCGAGAAGCACAGUGCGCACCCAUUUGUUGACAGCUUUUUGUAUAACCAUUCAUAAUGUUAUGCUAUUAAAAACAGAGCUGAAAAACA